CGGGGUCUUAAGUUUCGGAAGCGGCUCACUCGGGGUCAGGAAGGCAGCGGUAGUUGCGAGGCGUCCGGCAGCGCCGUGGGGGGCUCCAGGGAACGGGCUAGCCUGCUCACCCGGUUCCUCCCGCGGUCGGGCACGGAAGGGGCAUGAAUCUGGAGCGCCUGAGGAAGCGGGUGCGGCAAUACAUCGACCAGCAACAGUAUCAAAGUGCUCUAUUUUGGGCAGAUAAAGUAGCAUCAUUGUCCCAUGAAGAUCCACAGGACAUUUAUUGGUUGGCUCAAUGUCUUUACCUUACAUCACAGUAUCACAGGGCAGCACAUGCUCUUAGGUCAAGAAAAUUAGAUAAGUUACAUGAAGCAUGUCAAUACCUAGCAGCUAGAUGUCAUUAUGCUGCAAAGGAAUAUCAGCAGGCUCUUGAUAUACUUGACAUGGAAGAACCAAUCAACAAAAGAUUGUUUGAAAAAUACUUGAAGGAUGAAAGUGCAGUGAAAGACUGUUCUAAUGACUGGGAAAUUUCACAAACGUCAAUCAAGAGUUCGAUUUGCCUUUUGAGAGGGAAGAUCUAUGAUGCUCUUGAUAACAGAACUCUGGCAACGUUCAGCUACAAAGAGGCUUUGAAACUUGAUGUUUACUGCUUUGAAGCAUUUGACCUUUUAACUUCACACCAUAUGUUAACAGCAGAAGAAGAAAAGGAACUACUUGAAUCUCUACCUCUUAGAAAACAGUGUACGGAAGAAGAACAAGUAUUACUGCAUUUUCUGUUUGAGAACAAAUUGAAAAAGUACAAUAAACCUAGUGAAACACUGAUUCCUGAAUCUGUAGAUGGUCUUCAAGAUAAUCUCGAUGUAGUAGUAUCUCUAGCAGAAAGGCAUUAUUAUAACUGUGAUUUUAAAAUGUGCUACAAACUUACUUCUGUAGUAAUGGAAAAGGAUCCAUUCCAUGCCAGUUGUUUACCUGUACAUAUUGGGACGCUUGUGGAGCUGAAUAAAGCAAAUGAACUUUUCUAUCUCUCUCAUAAACUGGUGGAUUUGUAUCCAAAUAAUCCUGUCUCUUGGUUUGCUGUAGGAUGCUAUUAUCUCAUGGUUGGCCAUAAAAAUGAGCAUGCCAGAAGAUACCUCAGUAAAGCCACUACACUAGAGAGAACAUAUGGGCCAGCAUGGAUAGCAUAUGGACACUCAUUUGCAGUUGAGAGUGAGCACGAUCAGGCCAUGGCUGCAUAUUUCACAGCAGCCCAGUUGAUGAAGGGUUGCCAUUUGCCAAUGUUGUACAUUGGACUAGAAUAUGGAUUGACUAACAAUUCAAAAUUAGCUGAACGCUUCUUCAGCCAAGCUUUAAGUAUUGCACCCGAGGAUCCUUUUGUUAUGCAUGAAGUUGGGGUCGUAGCAUUUCAGAAUGGGGAGUAACUGGAAACUUCAGAAAAGUGGUUUCUUGAAGCACUAGAAAGUCAAGCUAUUGGAAGUGAGGUGACUGUAGAUAAAUGGGAACCUUUAUUAAAUAACCUGGGUCAUGUGUGCAGAAAACUGAAGAAAUAUGAAGAAGCUCUUGAAUACCAUCGUCAAGCUCUGGUCUUGAUCCCUCAAAAUGCUUCCACAUAUUCUGCAAUUGGAUACAUACAUAGUCUGAUGGGAAACUUUGAAAGUGCAAUUGAUUAUUUUCAUACAGCCCUUGGUCUAAGGAGGGAUGACACAUUUUCAGUUACUAUGCUUGGACAUUGCAUAGAAAUGUAUAUUGGAGAUUCUGAAGCCUACAUUGGGACUGCAAUUAAGGAUAAACUCAGAUGCUAUGAUUUUGAUGUGCAUACUAUGAAGACAUUGAAGAACAUUAUCUCCCCUGCAUGGGGUGCAUUGGAAUUUGAUAUAGAAAGGCAAACUACAGAAGAAAGCAAUAUGGCAUUGGAAACACCUCAACGAAAAAGCACAGAAGACCCUCCUACAUUAGAUGAAACCUUUGAAAUUGAAAUGAAUGAAAGUGACAUGAUGUUAGAAACAUCCAUGUCAGACCAUAGUACAUGACCUUAAAAUAUUGGUGCAGAUUCAUCAGUGUGCAGAAUCAUUAAGUAAUUUGUCAUUUAUCCCUUUUGAAUUUAUUGUUUUAUAUAACCAUGUAUACUAUGUGACCAUCAGAGAACUGUCCAAGAUAGUGUAUUUUGUUUAUAUCAAUUUUAUUCAAAAUAAUGUAUUUUUAACUUUCACUGCAUUGUGGGACUGCUAUUUAGACAGUGAAUGCACAAGCAAAAAAAUCAAAUUGGAUUUCAAUAUAUAUGUUUCUGUACCCAUGAACUGAUAAAUUGCUGCUUGCCUUUUUCCAUCUUAAUUAUGUAUCAGAAUGUCCUGAAAAAAGUAAUUUUGAUAUUAUAUUUUAUUCUUUAUUCAGAAUUUUUUUUGUUUAACCUCUUUGAUAAUUGUUAAAAAAUUAUCAACUGAAUUCAUUUUUUUUUCAAUGAAUUGUAGGCAACUCGUUUUUACUGUGAUAGUAAAUG